AUGAGUGCUCAAGUUAAAUCAUUCGAGGUUUCCGAUGCUUUAGAGUCUAGUUUGAGAGGGUUUGCAUCGGCUAACCCUUCAAUUACGUUGGUUCCAGAGGAAAAGGUAUUGUUUAGAAAGACUGAAAAGAAGAACGUGGCUCUACUAUCCGGUGGAGGAUGCGGCCAUGAACCUACUCAUGCCGGGUUCGUUGGCAAAGGUAUGUUGGGUGGUGCAGUAUGUGGUGAUAUCUUUGCCUCACCUUCUACCAAACAAAUUUUGAAUGGUAUUAGAUUAGUCAGCCAAAGUUCUUCUGGUGUGCUGUUGAUUGUUAAGAACUAUACUGGUGAUGUCCUACAUUUCGGUUUAUCUGCUGAAAGAGCCCGUGCUUUGGGAAUUGACUGCCGUGUAGCUGUUGUUGGUGAUGAUGUGGCUGUUGGCCGUGAAAAGGGUGGUAUGGUCGGUAGAAGAGCCCUAGCUGGAACUGUUUUAGUUCACAAGAUCGUUGGUGCGUUCGCAGAAGAACACUCUGAAAAAUAUGGUGUUCAGGGCUGUGAAAAGGUGGCUAACAUCAUCACAAAUAACCUGGUUACGAUCGGGUCUUCUUUGGACCACUGCAAAGUGCCAGGUAGAAAGUUUGAAAGCGAAUUGAAUGAGAAGCAGAUGGAAUUGGGAAUGGGUAUUCACAAUGAGCCAGGUGUGAAAGUACUUGAGCCUAUCCCAUCGACUGAGGAAUUGAUCUCGAAGCACAUGCUUCCAAAAUUGUUGGACCCUGCUGACAAAGACAGACAUUUUGUCGACUUUGACAAGGAUGAUAAGGUUGUAUUGUUGAUCAACAACUUGGGUGGAGUUUCUAACUUGAUCAUCUCUUCGAUCGCUGCCAAGACUACCGAUUUCUUGAAGAAAGACUACAACAUCACUCCAGCUCAAACUAUCACCGGUACUUUGAUGACCUCUUUCAAUCAGGAUGGUUUCAGUAUCACUUUGUUGAAUGCAACCAAGGCCACAAAACAACUAAACAAGGAAUUUAAAGAAGUGGAUUGCGUUUUCAAAUUGCUGAACGCCCCUACAACUGCUCCAGGCUGGCCAAUUGCUCCCAACUCGGAGGAAGCUCCAUCUUACAACAAGGACUUGUUGAAAGAUGAAAUUAAAGUCAAGGAUGCUGGUUCUUACGAUUUCGAUAAAUUCUCCAAAUGGAUGCAAAGCGGUGCUGAGAAACUAAUCAAGGCCGAACCUCACAUUACCUCUCUAGAUAACAAAGUCGGUGAUGGUGACUGUGGUUACACCUUGGUCGCAGGUGCAAAGGGAAUCACUGAAAACCUGGAUAAGCUCUCCAAGGAAUCUCUAUCUGAAGCUACAGCACAAAUUUCUGACUUCAUCGAGAGCUCUAUGGGUGGUACUUCCGGUGGUCUGUACUCCAUCCUGAUCUCUGGAUUUUCUCAAGGGCUCAUCGAAGCCUGUAAGGACGAGAAGGAGCCUGUAACUCCAGAACUCACCGCCAAGGCUUUUGACUACGCCUUGGAUACCUUAUACAAAUACACGAGAGCAAGACCUGGCUCUUCUACCAUGAUUGAUGCAUUGGAGCCAUUUAUCAAGGAAUUCUCAUCCUCUAAGGACUUCAGCAAAGCUGUCAAGGCUGCAGAAGAAGGUGCUAAAUCUACUGCCACUUUUGAAGCCAAAUUUGGUAGAGCUUCCUACGUCGGAGAUUCUUCGCAAGUUGAAGAUCCAGGUGCUGUCGGUUUAGUUGAAUUCUUGAAGGGUGUCCAAUCAGCUUUAUAA